GUACAUGAGUACAUCUGUGGCUGAGAUAUUCAGGGUUCUAGUGAUUCAAGAGAAGCUAUGGCUGCAUCUGGAUUCCUUCUUGGAACUGUAAAUCUGUCUCAGGCAUGCAGUCAUCUAAUUUCUUGAGUGAGAGAUCUUCCGUUAAAGUUCUGUCUGCAUUAAGCUCAACAGAGGCUCCCAUGACUGUUUCUCUUUCAAGAUCAUAUGGUCUUGCGAUUAUUGCUCUUCCCUUUUGGACCUUGAAAAAACAUCUUCUUGCUCCUCCAUCUUUUUCUCCUGGUAUUGCCCUUUACUUUGAUGUUUCUGUUGACAAGGAUUCUAUGCUUCAAACAUUUAACUGUGGUUUUCAAACACAAUUUACUAUUGAUAAAGAUGCUAGACUCGGUCAGAGCAAGCUACACUUUACCUACCCUUAUUUACCUUCAUAAAAAGACCAAUGCUACCUUUCAGGUUCAGCUUUCCC